AUGAUUGCUUCAUUAUCCUUCACAACACUGAUCCAUUACUCAAUAGUUUUACUUUUCAUAUGGCUUCCAGUGGUCACUUCCUUCGAGGCUCAUCCAACAUCAAAUGCACCUCGAACACCACGACAUUCACUUUCGGCACACUCGGAAACAACAUCAAGUCUCGAAGAAGAUGAUCAUGGUGAAUGGGUACUCAAUCCAGAAACAAAUCGUCGGAUUAAAAAAGAUGGGCCCAAAUGGCAUGACUUCAUGAAUGGACAAGGUGGCUACAUUUGCCAUAACUCCAAACUUGUACCAAUCCAACUCGAACGAAUACUGACUUGGACACAGCAAGAAGAAGCUUCCGAUCAAUCACAGAAAGCACUUGAGACUGCAGAUGAUUCAGUGGUAGGAGCCACACCAAACACAGCCUGGAGACGACUCGCUCCAGAGAUCCUUUCGUCGGAUGAAGCACCAAAUGACGUGGACAAAGAGUCCUUGCCCUUUCUAGAUGAGCUGCUCUUUGCUUUCAAGCCAGCCAGUCUUUUGACGUUACCUGGAAUCGGUGAAGACAAGCAGGUUUGUCUGGCUAGCCUCGUGAAUGAGUGGAUACCCGAGAAUCUCACUGUACCACCCAAGAAACGUGAAUCGAGCGACGACAAGAAGAAGAAGAAGACGAAGAAGAAGAAAAAAACAUUUGUUCCUCGUCCCUGUCAUCGAUUGGAUUAUGAUACCAGUGGUGUCUUGGUGAUUGGAUUGACCAGAGAUUCUCUGCGGCUGACCAAUACCAUGUUUGAACAGAAAGGGGUGGAAUCGGGAUCGCCCUCGAAGGUUCUGAAGAAAACUUAUGUGGCCCUGGUAGCUGGAGCCAUCGCUCAAGAUCACGGCAUUAUUGACUAUCCAAUUGGAAAGGUAUUCAAUGAAGCAAAUGGUUACAGCGAAUUUGUGUGCCUGCAUGAUGAUUCCCAACGGAAGGAAGACGAUUUUGUUGAAAAGAGUCUUCGAAAUGCCAAAACGAAAUAUACUGUUCUAAAUCGUUUCACUUUGCCCGUUGCAUGUUCAACUGGUAACAAUGGCCCUAGCAGUCAAGAUAGCUUUGUGCAGUACACCAAAGUACAGCUUGAGCCCUUGACUGGUCGAGGACACCAGCUACGCCUUCACAUGGCCGCUAUUGGACAUCCCAUUCUGGGUGAUCAACUGCACGCUCCCAAUACUAUCGUUGCAGCGGCACCACGACUAUGUCUGCACGCCGAUGAAUUGGAAAUGGGCGUUCGAAUCGAUGAAGAACAAGGUGUUUGCGUGGCUCUUGUAAGAGUGCGAUGCGUUCCACCAUUUUGA